AGUAAUAGUUGGAGAUUUCCAACAUGAAACUGUUACUGGUUUUAGCAGGACUGGCGCUGGCGCAUGGUGCGUCGCCGCGCGACCUGGUGGUGGAGCCGCAAGAUGGACAGCACCAGCUGUCUGUAGUCAACAGUGCAGGAGACGUGUUCCUGACGGGGCUGGUCGGCCGCGCGGCGUCCGCGGACGACGAGGCGGUCACCUUCAGCUCCUCGCUUGAGGAAGACGAGGCCAGCGGCGGCUGGAAAGUGUCAGUGAGCUGGGAGGGACCCAGCGACCGUGUGUUUCAAGACUGCUACAGUUUUGAAAACUACCAGUGGUACGCUGGCCCGGAACAGAAGGAGCAGUAUUGGCCGAUCCAAAAGUCCAACCUGACGAAAUACUCCAUCGUCGCUAAAGAGGAAGACAAUGCGGCUGUCUCCGAGCGCUACUGGCUCAACUCCAGAGGCCGGUACUUCUACGUGCACCCUGAAGUGCCUCUGUUCGUGGACUACCACAACGAGCUCGACAACCACAUCUGUUUCAUCGCGGAAGUCGCCGACCCUUACUCGACCAGGCGCACCCGCAACGUCCUCAAAUACGACGUCUGGCUGUUUAAAGACGCGAAGCUGGCGCACCAGCACGCCGUUGAGACCUACCUCGGCAAGCCCAGCGGCAUUCCUGACUACCGAAUGAUCCAGUACCCCGUCUGGUCGACCUGGGCACGUUACUCACGAGAAAUCGACCGAAACAGCCUCUGGACCUUCGCUAAUGAGAUCGCUGAUUCCGGAUUCCCUAACGCUCAGUUCGAGAUCGACGAUCUUUGGGAGGUCUGCUACGGUUCGCUUACAGUUGAUGAUAGGAAGCUUCCCGCACUGAAGGAGUUGGUGCAAGAUAUAAAAAGUCUGGGCUUCAGGGUGACUAUUUGGGUGCAUCCAUUCAUUAACAAGGAUUGUGAACCUUGGUACACCCUUGCUUUGCAGAAAGGCUACUUAGUCCUGAAUGAAGAAGGCAGCCCCGACUCAACCUGGUGGAACGACAACGGGUCUGUGCCGGGCUACAUAGACUUCACCAACCCUGAGGCUGCCAGGUGGUGGACCGACAGGGUCAGGAGUGUCAUUGAGACUUAUGACAUCGACAGCGUCAAGUUCGACGCCGGAGAGUCUAGCUGGUCUCCCCAGAUACCGGUCCAAAAUGGCGACAUUGAGCUGCAUCCAGGCCACAUCGUGCAGACCUACGUGAGGGCCGUGGCCAAGUUCGGACCCAUGAUCGAGGUCAGGACCGGAAUGAGAACCCAAGACCUGCCAGUGUUCGUGCGCAUGGUAGACAAGGACACGUACUGGGGCUUCAACAACGGCCUCGCCACGCUGGUCACCACUCUCCUCUCAAUGAACCUCAACGGCUACACCCUGGUGCUGCCGGACAUGAUCGGGGGGAACGGCUACAACGAGGCUCCCAGCAAGGAGUUGUUCAUCCGCUGGCUGCAGGCGAAUGUGUUUAUGCCGACGCUGCAGUACUCGUUUGUGCCUUGGGACCAUGAUGAUGAGACAGUAGAGAUCUGCCGUCGCCACACGCAGCUACACGCCGACUACGCUGACGUCAUCGUGGCGGCCAUGGAGGCAUCGGUCAAGCGUGGGACGCCCGUCAACCCGCCUAUCUGGUGGCUGGACCCCACUGAUGAUGAAGCGCUGGCUGUGUGGGACGAGUUCCUCCUCGGCGAGACAAUCCUAGCGGCCCCCGUGCUGGUGGAGGGCGCAGCCUCCAGAGACGUGUACCUGCCGGCGGACUCCUGGCGCGACGGCAACUCGGGGGCCACGGUCCAGGGCCUCACCUGGCUGCGGGACUACCCCGCGCCGCUUGACACCCUGCCGUAUUUCAUACUCGUUUAGAGUAGUUGAAUGCU